GCUCCCGCAAACAGAAACGCAGAAGAAGACGGCCCGCACAAGAAGAUGGUUAUGAAACCAGCUAACGCUAGCUGUUGAUGCUGCACUACACCUUUGGUGCUUAUUCUUGUGUUGUGUAGCGUGUUAGUGAGACUCGUUGUUCUUGGUGUUGCUGUGACUUAAAAAGGAGACGUUCUAUCCGCCCAGCGUGAAGAAAUGAGCUCUGUCAGAGAAGAAGGUAAAGACAGAAUUAUCUUUGUCACCAAAGAGGAUCAUGAAUCACCCAGCAGUGCAGAGCUUGUUGAGGAAGAUCCUAAUGAUCCAUAUGAGGAACGAGGUCUGAUUCUUCCCAGUGGAGAGAUAAACUGGAACUGCCCAUGUCUGGGCGGGAUGGCCAGUGGUCCCUGUGGGACUGAAUUUAAGGAUGCCUUCUCCUGCUUCCACUACAGUAAGGAGGACGUAAAGGGUUCUGACUGCCUGGAGAAUUUCAGGGCCAUGCAGGAGUGUAUGCAGCGUUACCCGGAGCUCUAUCCGCAAGAAGAUGAGAAGGAACAAGAACAAGAACAAUCCUCAGAAACCAAGCCAACCUCACAAGACUCUGCAUCUACAGAAACAUCAGGUGCAAACUCAUCUGACAGCAAGGAAGACUCUGAUACAACACAACCCAACACAGAAGCCUCAGGGGAAAGUUAAUGAUGAGCCUUGAUGGCAAAGGGAGCCAAAAUGCUUUAAAGGCACUAAAUUCCAAAUUCGUAGCGUGAAGGCGAAUCGGGGAUGGCCUCCACAAUCGUUCCUGUGGCGGUCGAAUGGCACAUUGUCAGCUGUGUUCGCGCAGAGCGGCGUCGAUUAGCAAGCCGGGUGAUAAACAAGGAGAAGCUUUGAUUACAACAUGCACAGUGACUUAUUGUCUGCUCAGGUCAGCAAUACUAUAAUAUCUUUACAUGGCAAGUAGUUGCUUGCUGUUGAAAUAAUGUUGUAAAUUUGGAAUUUAGCGCCCUUUUAAAGUCCAACUGCGAUCUGUUAGUCAUCACUUUAUGCAGUCUACAGAUUAUACCAACCUCUUUCUCACCUUUUGCUGUUUAGUUUAUUCUCGUCGAAAGAAAGAAAAUGUUUCUGGAGAAAUAUUUGAAAGGGUCAUUUUGCUCGAACGUCAAAUUCGGCGACUGCGAGGAACGGAUCGGACCAAGCCCUUUUCCAAACCCAAAGUCCAGACUCACAGACUUUCAUGCUCUUUCCUGCAAAGUUUGUGAGAGUAAUAAUCGCUCACUUGCAGGUAUGUUUUGUUCCCGUAUUCACGCCGUACUCCAUAAGUCUCCGUUGAACACAAAAGCUAAACAAAGAGGAGGGCACAUGGCUGUUUAGUCAUAUCUAAGGAACUACUGAAGGUCCUUCCAAUCCAUAAAUGUCACAUAAACGCACACAAUGGUUAUUGUACAUCUGUUGGCGGCUUCAAGGUAAUGUGACAUGUUGCAUCAGAGGGCUUUCCCAUUUGUAAAUAAACCAUUUCAAGCCCUUGCAGCCUGUAAUGUGCAUCCAUUUCCCAGGUGAUCUUAGUUCAGUCCCUGAGGGUUUAUGAUAUCAAACUCAUUUCAGGUUCGGGUCAGAUACUGCCCACUUCGAUUCAACGCGGGCCAGACCAGUAAAAUCGACCGGGGGGCGGCGUGCAAAAAUAAUGUAUACGAAAAAAGACACGACCAGCCUCUCGUCUGUCAGAAGUGAACGUGUACAUUAGUCGCUGUAUUUAUUGCAGAUACUUUGAAAUUAAGUAAAACAUGCAAGUGAGCUAAACAAAAUUAAAGAAUCUAAUUCAUCAAAACCUAGUCGACUAUGCUUAUUAUACACUAAACACCUCAGUGUAAUUAUAUUUGUGUCAAGAUGGUUUUGUGUGUGUGUGUGUGUUGUGAUUAAUCCCGACUCUAAGAUCACAGUAAAAACAUCUUUUGUGCUCAUUCCCUCAUUUCCAUCCUCUCAGAUCUGCCAUUUUCUCAUAAAAAGGGAAUAUUUAUAAAGACUUUGGUAUAUUGCUGAAAUAAAAUGUCUUUAAAAACAAAUAAUUUCUAAAUUC